AUGCAGCCCCUGUUGGCCCGCAGGCCCCUCCUGGCCAGUGCAGCAGCGGGCGCGAGAUGCCUGGCGCCUAGGACCACGACGGCCGCCGCGCCGCUUCCGUCGCGCGGGGGCUUCCACGCCCCGGCCGUGCGCGACGUCUCGAUGGCCGCGAAGAAGAAGGGCGGGAAGAAGAAGGGCGGGGGCAAGAAGAAGGGUCCGGGGUCGUUGAUGGACGCCGUGAAGCAGAAGGAGCCGUUCGAGGCCACCGACACCAUCAUGCACACCCUGCUGCUCAUCGAGUCGUACAAGCGCAAGGUAGGGCGGACGAUCCACCCGUCGAUGGAGGACGUGGAGAUCCAGGACGCGUCGAAGGAGCUGUACCACGGUCCGUUCGUGCUGCUGUCGCACACCACGGAGCGCAAGUACAACUACGCCAACAAGGCGGCACAGAACCUGUGGGGGUACACGUGGGACGAGAUCAUCGGCCUGGAGAGCUCGAAGACCGCCGACCCGGACGAAGCCGUGCAGACCGAGCGCAACGGGCUGCUCGACGAGGCGGCGGAGAAGGGCUACAUCGAGAACUACUCCGGCGUGCGCGUGCGCAAGGACGGGUCCAAGUUCAAGGUCUCCAACCUGGUCCUGUGGAACGUGGAGUCCCCCUCCGGGACCCCCCUGGGCCAGGCGGCGAUCUUCGACGCGUUCGAGGACCUCGAGACGGGCGCGCAGGGCGUCAUCAAGGCCGGCGGCGUCGUCGAGAUCGCGCAGGAGGACGGGCCUCCGUCCGAGGAGGAAGUUGCCGCAGCGCGGGCGGCAGUGGACGAGCAGGCCGCGCUGGUGCGGAGCCUGAAGGAGGAGCAGGGGCUGACGAACGAGGACGACGAGGUGCAGGACGCGGUCGCGGAGCUGCUGCUGCGGAAGGACGAGCUGGCUGCGCUGGAGGACCGCGCCGGUGCUGCCGCAUGA